ACAAUUCGAAGUAUAUUGCUAUCUUUGCGAUGUUCGUAGACAGUAAGAUGUCAAGUUUCCAGUAGAAGCCGCACAUAACCCCAAUCCUAUUAACUAUAGUUACUAACUUUCCAGCGUAAAAUUCUGUACCAGCCUUGGGACGCUGGGAACCGAACUGGAAUUCUAUUAAGUGAAAAUCAUUUAACUGCAUUUGGUGGGAGUAUUAGUGCUGAGGCGAAAUAAGGGAUCUCACUGAAGAGGAUGCCUUGGUAUUCUCAUCAUAAAUUUUUUAGUGGUAUACCAUCGGUAUGGGUCAAGCUUUAAUAAACUAAAGUGCACCACUUCUUAAAAAAACAAGAAUGUCAGUUGUAUUUGUGAACCUUUCAAAAAUAUGCUUAAAUUUUUUGCAAAACAAGAUCUCAUUUACGAAGCAAUUAGUUUAUAACACAAUGGUGAAAGAAAAUCCAAAGGCCAUGGUGAUAUGUGGCCCAUCUGGAUGUGGAAAAUCAACUCUAUUGAAGAAGCUAUUUGAUGAAUUUCCAGAUAAGUUUGGUUUUUCUGUGUCUCACACAACACGAAGUCCUCGUAGUGGGGAAGUGGAUGGUGUACACUAUAAUUUUACAACAAAAGAGGCAAUGAAAGCUGCAAUCAACAAUGGAGAGUUUCUUGAGUCUGCAGAAUACAACCAUAAUCUGUAUGGAACAAGCAAAGCAGCUGUUGAAAAAGUGAGCCAGAGUGGUAAGAUAUGUGUGCUUGAUAUAGAGAUACAAGGUGUGAAACAAAUAAAACAAACAAGUUUAAAACCUUUAUAUGUCUUCAUAAAACCACCUUCUUUGAGCACACUUGAAGAACGUCUAAGAGGUCGAGGGACUGAAAGUGAGGAGAGCUUGCAGAGACGCUUGACCAUUGCUGCUACGGAACUGGAAUAUGGUGAAACGCCAGGCAAUUUUGAUAUUAUAAUUGUCAAUGAUGUACUGGAGAAGGCCUAUUCUGAGCUUCGAGAAUUUGUAUUGAAAGAACUGCAAAGAUGUAAAGACAUAGAUGGUGCUUCUGAUUCUUAGUGAAGCUAAAUAAGAAGGCAGAAAAAAUCAUUCCAGUUUGAUCACUGUAGUUCCAUGCAUGUUUUACAUAAUUAUUCUGUACCUGACAUAAACUGAUACCAAACAGUUGUUUAAACAGUGACAAAGGUAGCUAUAUUAGCUUCUACAAGAUAAAUUAUUUUUAGCAGUCGAAUAAUAGAAUUGUAUAUUAUGUUGUCGAAUUACAGGGAAAAUGAGGAUGCAAUAACUGUGUUGUUAUAUCAAAAUCAUUGAUCAGAUUGAACUGUAGAAGUAUUAUUGUAAUUAAUUGGAUGUUUGUAUUAGACUUGCUUCAGAAACUUUCUGACCAUGUACAUUUCUUGCCAGCCAACUUGUGAUAGCUUUAAUAACAAAAGCAGCAAUCAUGUACCUAAUUAGCUUGCCUGUAAUAAUACUGAUGAAUAUAUUAAUGUAUACGUAUUUUGUGCACUCUUUAGAAAUGUGUUGUAGUGGUUCAUUAUGAACAUUAAAUAUCAAUAUACAUAAGCAAGCUAUGCACACCACUAAAGCCAAGUCUGCUACAUUCCCUCUUAAAUAUUCAGAGCCAUAGCAACAAACAUAAAUGGAAACUAAAUAAAAUGAAAUGUUAAAAUUUA